GACAAUCUUUGUACCCUUCCUGCCCUAGAGAACUCACAAAAUUAUCGAUUACUGUUGAGUUGUAUAGUUUAAAGGCACGUAAUGGUUGGUCGGAUAAUAGCUUUAAUGAUCUUCUUCAAUUGGUUAAGAAGUUGUUACCAGUAGAAAACACGUUGCCAGUGAGCACAUAUCAAGCGAAAAAGAUGAUCAACUCAUUGGGAAUGACUUAUGAGACCAUACAUGCAUGUCCCAAUGAUUGUAUUAUUUAUUAGAAAGAGUAUAAAGAUAGACAAAAUUGUCCAACAUGCCAUACAUCAAGAUGGAGGUCAGAUUACUUGGCAAAGAAAAAAGGUGUUAGAGUUCCAUCAAAGGUUUUGAGAUAUUUUCCUUUGGCACCAAGGCUACAGAGGCUGUACAGUGUGCCAUGGAUAGCGGAGCAAAUGACUUGGCAUUCUCAACCGAAAGAAUAUAGUGGUGUUAUGCGGCAUCCUUCUGAUUCAUCAAGUUGGAUGGUAAUAAAUAACAAGUGGCCAAGUUUUGCUGAAGAAUUCCGUAAUGUGCGUUUAGGGCUUGCGACUGAUGGAUUUAACCCAUUUGGACAUCUUAGUAGUGCCUACAGUUGUUGGCCUGUCAUUAUAGUGCCAUAUAAUCUACCCCCUUCGAUGUGUAUGAAAAGAGAAUUUUCAAUGUUAACGGUAUUAAUACCAGGUCCAAAAGGACCAAGUAAGGACAUUGAUGUCUACCUACAACCGUUGAUUGACGAGUUGAAGAAUUUAUGGCUUAAUGGAGUGACAACAUAUGAUUCUCAUUUAAAGACAAUUUUUAAUUUAAAAGCCAUUUUAAUGUGGGGAAUUCAUGAUUUUCCUGCAUAUGGGAGUUUAUCAGCAUGUGUUACACAUGCACAAUAUGCUUGCCCUGUUUGUGCCGAGGGAACCGUCGCUGAACGACUUAAGAGUGGCAAGAAGUACUCUUAUCAGGGCCAUCGAAGAUUUCUUCCUAUUAAUCAUGUUUUUAGGACUCAAAAAGUGGCAUUCAAUAAUAAAGUGGAAGAAGGAAGACCUUCUCAUCGAUUAAAUGGUUCAGAGGUUGAAGCAAAGGUAAUCGGUAUUCAGAUGGAUAUCGGUAAAUCGAAGGGGAAGAAACGAAAAAGUUACGGUGAUGAUUCGACUGGGAAUAUAACUGCUUGGUACAAAAGAUCGAUCCUAUUCGACUUGCCAUAUUGGAAGGAGUUACCAGUUCAGCAUAACUUGGAUGUAAUGCAUGUUGUAAAGAAUGUUGGUGAUCAUCUUCUGUCGACGAUUCUAGAAGUCAAAGAUAAAACUAAGGAUGAUAUAAGUGCACGCGAAGAUUUGAAAAAAAUGAACAUAAUGAAAGACUUAUGGCUGAAAGAAGCGGAUGGCAAAACUAUUAAACCAAAGGCACCAUUUACUUUAAGUCGCAAGGAGAAAGAAUUGUUCUGCCAAACAUUGCAUGACUUGAAGGUUCCAACAGGGUAUAGUUCCAGAUUUAAACAUCUUGUGAACUUACAAACUCUUGAGAUAAAGGGACUAAAGUCACAUGAUUAUCACGUCAUUAUGUGUCAAUUACUACUUGUGUUGCUACAACAUGCUUUCUCAGAGCAUAAGACGUUGCGAACUGCUAUUCAGCACAUCUGUUACUUCUUUAAUGUCCUGUGCUCGAAGACAAUUAGUGCAGAUAACAUCAUUGCCGUCAAACAACGUGUUGUUGUGGUAAUGUGUGUUUUGGAGAAGUUUUUUCCUCCUUCAUUCUUUGUUAUUAGGGUUCACCUUAUGGUACAUCUAGCUGAUGAAGCAUUAGCUUGCGGUCCAGUUAGAUUUCGGUGGAUGUAUCCUUUUGAACGGUUAAUGAAGAUUUAUAAAGGAUACGUAAAGAAUACAGCACAUCCUGAAGGGUGUAUUGCAGAGCGUUAUAUUGUAGAAGAAUCUAUUUUAUAUUGUAUGGAGUACAUGCCAAACAGUGAGAGAGGAAGUCACAAACGUACGCGUCAAAGGUUCCUGGACGAGGAUAGGGUGUGUGAUAAAGAGCCUUUGGAUAAUGGCAAGAAUAUAUACCUAACUAACAUACAACAUCAACAAGUACGCAGAUGGGUUCUACACUGCUACGAUGGAAUUUAUGAAUGGAAAAGGAAGUAUGAAAUAUAUUUAAGACCGACCACAUCAAAGGGGCAAAGAAGAAAGGGCAGUGUGUCGAAGAACAAUGAACAUGAUUUCAUCAAUUGGUUACGAAAGGAGGUGAGCUACGACAUGUCAAUAGUCGAGGAGAACAUGUCAACUUCACAAGCACAUGCAUCAAAAAAUGCAGGAACUUCAUCGUCGUCAAAAAAUAAGCCUGUAAUCAGCUUAAAUGCAUUUGGACUACCUGUGGGUGAACACUCACAUAGGUUGACUACAAGAAGUGGAGAGUUGGUUCGCACCCAUGUCUCUAUUGCCAUCAAGGAUUGGCGUGCAGUGCCAAUGAGUAAGAAAGAAGAACUUUGGAAGCUCUUGCAGGACGAGUUUGUUAUUCCUCAGUCUUACAAGGAGAAAUGCUUUAAAAGCAUGUUCGAUAUGUUCAGGAAGUACAAGUGUAAAUUGAGGAUGAAGUACCUUGAUCCUCAUUCAAAUCUUGAUUCCAAAUUAAACAACCAUCCACCAAGAGUUAGGCCUGAAGAUUGGGAAAUGUUCAUUGAACAUAAUUCGAAUCCCAGAAUUGUAGAACAAAGGAAAAAAAAUGCCGAGAAUAGGAAAAAUUUAAAAAUUUACCAUACGAGUGGCAGGCAUGGCCACGCGAGAAUCGAGGAAGAAAUGCAAUGCCAAAAGAAAGAUGGAGACACCCUAAUUAGUAGGACUGAAGUAUGGAUUAAAACCCAUACAAGAAAGGAUGGUUCUGUUCACAGUAAUGCGGCUUCACAUGUGAAAAAAGUCAAAGAGUUACUUGCUAGCGAAGGAAGUAAUUCCCACGACAUCCUCAACGAUCCAUUGACUCAAGUGUUUGGUCCUGAUACAAGGGGUCGUGUUCGAGGUGUUGGGACCAUCGUUUCCCAAUCACAAAUCAGGGGGUCCGCUGCAGCUCUUGAAAAGAUCUCUUCGUAUAAAUGAAAAGUAAAAGAGCAAUCAUCCACAAUUCAAGAGCAAUCGUUCAAAAUUCAAGAGCUAUCUUCUAAAAUAGAUUUUCUUACGGACCAAAUUGGGGGUAUCAAAGAGAUGAUUCAGCAGCAACACAUGGAUUCGAUUCAACCGGAGAAUCCACAAUCGACUGGUGGACCCUUAGUUGGGAAUCAUCAAUGUGUAGAGAGAAUGCGGCCAUGCAAGUUGUACUCUUGGCGUAAAGAGCUCGUUGCCCAAGGGCGAGUUAUUUUGGCAGAUGGGCCUCAAAUGAUUCAUGGCAAACCUCUUCAGGAAGAUCUUUACAAGGUUGCCAUUGAUGUCAUUAUCAAAGGAGACGUUGAAUUGCCCGAGCCAAACGGAUAUCAUUCAACUUUAGGCGAAGUUGGAAUUGGCUCAUUUGUUGCAUGGCAUCAUUGCUUUAUUGAGUUCACUGAUUAGCAACAAUAGUUUAAUACUUUUUUGGACACUUAACCUUUUUGGACUAUAUAUAUGUUUUGAUUGUAUAGCUUACUUGAUUAGUUGUUUCUAUAGACUGAACAUGAUAGAUAUAAUGCAGGUUUUUGACAAAUGUGUUGAUGGCUUCGAUCAUCACUGCAUGGUAAGGAAUUAUAUCACAGAUAAAACACUUUACUGAAAGUAGACUCUACCAGUUUGGCUAACACUGCAUUGUUGUUGCCUAUUUUCAGGUAUCUGUAUGGG